AUGAUCGCCUUAUUCUUCCCCGGCCUCAGGGCUCACCUCGAUCCACCACUUUCUGAACCAUGGCUUAAAGCCUGCUCAAGUGUUACAGCAGACAAGUACAGAGACCAAUUAUGCGAUAAUAAGACGAGAAGUUGCACAACCCAGAUUUUAGGCCAUGACUACACGGAGGACUCAUGCCAAAUGGAGUACUUCCCUUCGAAUAGUGCUGCAUGCAAGAGCAUGAGCUUUUCACCGAUAGCGCCUAACGCUCACAUUGGCGGCGUAAGCCUGAAACCCUACGUGUUGGCCUUUGAGCACGUUUCAUAUGGCACCGUUUACACUGUGAACCAUACAGUGCUCAAUAUAACGUUCAGCAACAUCAAAUGGAAAACAAUGAAAUUCCGCUUCCAGUUCUCCAAGUACAAGAGCGUGGAGAACCACUGCAGGAACAUUGUGAUAUCGAACAAUGUGACGGUAAACGAUCAGUCAGUGCUCUACUACGACUGCUACUGGCCCGUGGCAGACGGGAACCCAAACGGACAGAGCCACAUCUUGGACUUCGAGGCCACGGAUGACGUCGUGGUCAAUCGCGGCCAGUAUUACUUCAACAUACCGACUGCACAGAUGCUGAGCCCCGCUGCCGCCGCGGGCGAUUGGAAGCCGUUCGUCUACAUCGAGAUACUGACGGACACGAUGAAGCUGCACAUUGUGAAGCCGCCAGAACACCUGCGAGUGGUGGCGUACCAGGUGGCGGUGGUGAGGGAGUGCGACAGGGAGACGCUUUGCCCUCUGGACGAGACGGUGGCGAACACCACCAUCCGGCUGGGGAGCGGCAACGGCACCAACGAGGUGGUCUACUCGACCAGCAUGCUGAAGAAGUCCGGCUCCUACUACUACGUGGUGACGGUGGUACGGGACGAGUGCAGGGCGGACGUCGCCCGGUGCCAGUACGUCGAGAGCCCCAGGAUCAGGAUCAGCAAUGAGGUGCAGACACUUAAUAUCUGCAUAGCGAGCGUGACUGCAUUGAUAGUGGCAACGCUGUUCGCUUACUACAUCGCGCUACGAGUGAUACGACGCUACUGCUGCAGGGAUUACAAUAGCCUCGCACCCGGCAAAGAGAUCCCCGCCCCGCCGAAGGUGCUGGUGGUCUACUCGCCGGCGAACCGGCUCCACGCGGAGUGCGUCGCCUCGUUCGUCAAGUACCUGCGCUCCGAGUGCGGCCUCGAGAUAAUGUACGACGGGGACAUUUCGUCCACGGCGCAUGCCGACCCCUUCAUAUGGGCGAGCGACUCGUUCGAAGUGGCGACCCACGUGCUGUACAUCGUCGGCCCGGCGGACGAGGGCAACGCCUACAACAGCAUAUACGACAAGCCGAUCAUCACGCCGCACAGGCACGUGGACAGCCUCAUCCUGGCGAUGGUGAGAGCCAGCCGGCCCGCCCGCUGCAGGAAGGACGUACUGAACGUCCUCUUCGAGCACUCGGACGGCCAGAUACCGGCGGAGACGAGGCGCGAUAAGUGCUUCCACCUGCUGAAAGACUGGCAGAAGCUGAUUUCGCACCUGUCGAAGAACCUACUGCCGAAGAGGCAGCUGAUGAGGACCGAGAAGGGGAAAUGUCUGGUGGAGGACCUAACGCGCGCUAAGAAACUGCUCACCGCCAAAAGGGACGACGUCGUGAUAAAGUGCGAGAAGAACUGGAACGAGAAGAAGGUGCUCCUG